AUGUACAGCAGACUGUGCAUCUGCAUGUUCCUUGCCGUGCUCUCGGUGAGCUCCUUUGGACAGCAAACUCAGGGUUCCACUGGAAGAUUCUCAGUUAUGGGAAACAGGGUUCAGAGCUUUGAUCCUACUCACAGGAUAAAUGACAGAGACUACAUGGGCUGGAUGGAUUUUGGACGCUGCAGUGCUGAAGAAUACGAGUAUUCUUCCUGAA